AUAGUAAGAAUAAAGAAAAACCCUUUAAUGAGAGUUAACUUUAAUCACAGUUAUUUAAAGCCCUUCUUACAUCAGCUAAUGUCACAAAGUGCUGUACAGAAACCCAACCUAAAACCCCAAAACAUAAAGCAAUGCAGGUGUAGAAACACGGAGGCUAGGAAAAACUCCAUAGAAAGGCCUAGAGUAGGUGCAUCCAAACUUUUGACAGGUACUGAAUUUAAAAUCUAAUGUAUAAGAAUUAUUCUAUUUAAAUUGAGACAAAGUUUAUGAUGUGUUCGCAAUGUCAGGCUUAACAAUUUAUAAAGGCGACUGUCUUUUGUGGAGUACCUUUCAGUUGCUUUCCAUCCGUGAAUUAGAACGCCUCCCGGGCAGUUGCUAUGUCAACCGGGAAACGAUCCCCUGGCAUUCCCUCUCCCCUCCCCCUGGUUCCUCGGCAACAUGUAACACAAAUUCAGGAGGACACCCAAUCCGGAAGACUUUUGUUGCUCUCUUGUUCGUGUGCACGGAACAAUUCUUUCAGGAACACAACAAAUGCUGCGUUUUAUAAUCUUAUUGGAGUUCUGUUCACUCUCAAGGAUCACUUAUUUUCUAAAAUAAAAGUUGCAACGCCUAAAAAUAUGGAGACUCUUCCUUGUAUAAAUAAAGGUGAUCCUCGUCUAAAGCUGAAAGUGGAGAAUAGAAUGAAAAACAUUUUUGUAACGCAAUUUGAGGAAACUAGACAAGAAGAUGAAAAUGUCAAUCACAUACCUGUUAUAACAGAGUGAUUUCCCAUGUAGACCGCUAGCAGAGUCCUGGAGACAGGAGUGAACACAUUACAGAGAACCCUCGUCCUGAAGAAGCAGGUGGAGGUGGAUGAAGUGGAUAGGCAGCUGGCACAGAAACGACAGGAAUUCAAAGGCCGCAUGCUGGCCCUUGCACAGAGGAAGGCAGAGCUAGAGCUGAAACAGCAGGCGACUAAAGACAGAGCUAAGAAAUUUGAGAAGUUUGUUGAGGACAAUGAGGUAAAGCGCCGUCGGGCCCUGAAGAAGUACCAGGCAGCAAGGAAGCAGAACGAUCUGAAGCAGAACGAGAAAGAGGAGUUCACUGAACAGCUGGAAAAACUGCAGGCCAGGCAGCAGUAUUUAAAGGACAGGGUGACCAAGUAUAAAAUGUACGAAGACUACAUGAUGAAAAUGUUAGAUUUUCUCCCGGAGAAUUACCUGGAGUAUGGGGCAGAUUCCCUGGUGAUGCCCAUCAUUCGGCGCCAUGAUACCCUGUCCCUCACUCAUCAGGACCUGGUGGAGCGCCUGGGCCAGCUGGUGGAAGAGCUGGAGCAGGGCCAGCGCAGCCUGGACAGCCUGAAGCAGGAGCAUAACACCAACAAGCUGAUGAUGAACAGGGAGCUGUCUGAACUGCAGACCCAAUGGGACAGAGCCAAGGAGAAGAACAACCAGACUGAGAUAAAACUGAUGAUGCACCAAGGCCAGUCCAGAGACCAGGUUGAGGAAGUGGGUUGCCUGCUGAUAGCUGUGAAGAACCUUGCAGAGCAGUGCUACUUACAGCACUAUGGGCCUCUGGAAGAGAUAGACAUGCUGACGAUGAUGGAUAUGGUAAAGGAAUACAUUCUGGAGAGGGCAGACAUCGAGAUGAGAGCAACACGACUGAUAGACUCAGGCACCGUAUUGACGAGUGCCACAGAGCACAGAAGAUCACUGAAAAACAUUAACAGUAAAACACAACUGAAGAGCACCAGCAAGACCAGUGGGAGGAGUGGACUGUCUAGUUGAUCAAUGCAGAAUAGACCUUUUGCGAGUUUGUGGAGAAACACACAAAUACAAUCAUGUAAGUGCACGCACGCACAUGCAUACGGACACAGUAAAGGAUGCGAGUGCAAUAGAAGUUACUUUCAACUUGUUGUAGUAGUGUUAUAAUUGUAUAGUUCUUUGUGGUGAUAUGUUAAAGUUGCUGAUGAAGGAAAUUGCUGUGGUUGUAGUUCCAAAGAAGUUGUACAUGCAUUUCUCAUAUAGCCUAAUAUAAGAUUGAUGAUUGAAAUUUGUUAGGAUGAAUUCAAAUAUUAAUUUGUUUGCUUGAUUUAUUUCAGAAUAUUACAAGUUCUCUUUGAUAUUAUGAAUAUAAACAGUUGAAGAUGG